AACAAUAUCCACCGACGCUAUGACUCAACUCGAACCGUGGAAUGCGAGUAAUCUGAGCCGAAAAUAUUCAAAGAAACAUGGAAAACAUGUUAUGUUAUUGAAUCAAGUACAAAAUUACCGUGGAUUACAAACAAAGCAGUCUAGCUGAGUGGUAAGUUGUAUAACAAACUACAUGUAUAGCGGGGAGCUGGUAUAAGACCCCACCCUUUGCAUCACCCUCACCUCCACCACCAUCUACCACCAUGGAUGAGUCGGAUGAAGAUGUGUAUGUCUCCCAACUCAAAGAAUUGUUUGCCGGCUGUGAUACCAAGGGACUUGGUCGCCUCGGUGCAGCGGAGCUGACGGAAUUGUGUUCCAAGCUCCAGCUGGAAGGACAGGUGGAUCUCCUCCUGGAGCAGCUACUUGGCAAUGACACCUCAAAGACGGUUGACUUUGAUACCUUCAAGGAGGCUUUUGUGAUGGUUCUAUCGUCGACCGUUGAUCUAGAUGGUGUGGAAGUAGGAACUGAUAUUGAUCAAGAAUACAGCAUGGGUAGCUUCCCCAAUUCAGCUGACCUGAUUGAUGAAGUAUCUCCCAAGUAUGUGAAGGAUGGGAGGCGAUACGGCAGAAGAUCUCGUAUAGACUUUGAUGUGACGGCAGACUUCUCUGAAGUGGAUGAUGAUCUGAUCAGUAAUGAACCCAAGUCCUUGGCUGAAGAGCUUGGUCCAAUGCAGUCAUAUCACGAGAGUAGUGAACAGAGUGCUAAUAGAAAGUCAAAGUCUUAUGUUGAGGAAAACAUUGAGGCUCCUGAGAUUGAACAUGAUGAUAGACGCUCCCAUUCACACUCAGUAUCUCACCGGUCUAACCCUCCUGAACCACCACAAAAUGAGACGUUUGAAGCAGAAGGUCAGAUGAAUGCAUCAAUGAGUGUAUAUGAUCAGGGUCAAUCAGAGGCAGAACAGGUACAGGCCAUCUGGGAGGAGGUCGGUGUAGGCAAGGAUGGCUUCUUAGAUAUCAACGAGCUAGCCGUCGUGUGUGAACACAUCGGCAUGGAAGACAUGGAUAGAACGGAGCUGAAGAAUCUCUUCAACAAGCUUGACCGGGACGAAGACGGGAAGGUGGGUUUUGAGGAGUUCCUGGAUGGACUCUUCAGGACGGCCGGUAUCCGUACCCCUGCCCCCCUUACUCCACUAUCCCUUGCCCCCACCCCCAGUCUGCUAUCAUCCCAGAUAGCAGCUAAGAGAAGAAUGCAAGUAAGUGUCAUGGAUGAGCCCAUGUACAGGACAGCCACCCCUUCAUUGCUCAUGGCUCAACCGAUCACAAAGCUCUUCAGUGUGCUGGAUGCUAAUAAUGCUGGUUUCACUACAAUGGAUGCUGUAAGUGAGCAGUUGAUGGAACAAGGAAUCUACAACCCUCAAGAAGUAUUAGAGGCCCUUGAUAUAUACCCAGAUGUGAGUGGUAGGAUCAAUCUAGAGGGUCUAUCUAUGGCUCUGGAUAACAUUCUCAUGACAGCAGGAGAGAAUAAUGGUGUCUACCAGGCCGCUCUUACCUCAUACCAAAGUGAACUCAAAUACCUCAGGUCUUUAAACGAUCAGCUAACGACGGAGCGAGACAAACUCAAGAUGGAUAUUGCUGAAGCAAACAGACAGAACUCAAGUCUUGUCCAGGAGAUUGAUGAUCGUCAUGCCAACAUUGAGAAAACAAAUGAAACUAAAUUGAGAGAUAUGGAGAGGAAAUACCAGGAGAAGAUCAACUCACUUCAAGCUGAGAUAGAGAAAGAAAGAGAGAUGAUCUCAUCACAAGCCACUAAUCAGACCACUAAGCUACUGGAUGAGAUGGAACAACUCAAAGGAGAUGAAGCACUCUCAAAAGAAAGGUUACAGAACAUUGUAGAGGAUAAUAAUCGCCUUGAGCAGGAUCUAAAUGAUGCUAUGGAGAAGCUAUUAGAGUACGAGAAGACGAUAACCAAGCAGCAGAGAGAUCUUGAUGGAUUCUCAGAGCUUGAGGAAAGGUUGGCUGAGUUAGAGACCAGCAGAGAUGGCGUUUCCAAGCAGCAGGAGGUUUACUAUGAGCAGAGCCUCAGAGAUAUGCAGGAACACAUGCGGACAUUGCAAGAUCAAUUGGAUGAGACAAGCCAAGAGAAUGAGCUCUUGAAGCACCAAGCAUCAGAGAGGAAGGUCAGAAGGAAAGGAAGCAAGUUGCAGGGUGGACCUCGCCGGGGAGGAUCAGUUCUCUCAGACUAUACCAAUAAACCAUCGGUGGUUAAAAGGAACCUUAACUCCUCAUCAGAUAAUGAUGAUUCUGAGCUUGAUGAGUUGGAUCCCAAAUCUAAGAGACGUCUUCCUCAGGUCAGCGGUAUCCCGGAGGAAGAAGAAGAAGAUGAACUUAGUGGAGAGAUACAGAAACGACUUGAAGAAGAGAAAGCCAAGCUUGAAGCCAAGAUUGAGUCCCUGAAAGAGCAACAUCUUGAAGAAAUGGAGGAAACCAAGGAAACCUUUGAGACGGAAAUCAAAGAGAUUGAAAAACGUUACAGACAGGAGAUGAGGGAGAUGGAGGAAAGGUUUGAGCAGGAGAGUGCCAAGUUAGCCAACGACCUGCAGGAGAAUGAGAAGCAUUCCGAAGAGGAGAAGGUAUCGCUUGCAAUGCAGUUUGAGGAGGAGAAGGCUCAACUGAUGGAAGAGUUUGAAGGAGAGAAGGCUGCCCUGGAGCAAGCCUUCGAGAUCAUGAAAACAGAACUUGAGGAAACUCUCAAGAAUGAAUUUGCCGAUGAGCUGAACGAUAGACUUGCAGAACAGGCAGCAAAGUUUGAUGAAGAAAGGUUGUCUCUAGAGGGCGCCCUCACGAAUGAUAAAUCUAAGCUUGUCUCUGAGAUCCAGCAGGUCAGGGAAGAUGGUGAGUCCAAGCUCAGGAAUCUCAAGAUGGAGCUAGAAGUUCAGCACCUUGAAGAGAAAGAAGAUCUGGAGUCCAAGUUCGAGGAGGCAAGGGAGGAUCUCCGUCGACAGCUCCGGGAGAAACAGAAUGAGCUGGAUUCCAUCCUUGAUGAUGGAGAAGUAGGGUUGAAAGGCCAGCUCAAAGAGGAUUUCAUUCUCCUGUUGGACCAGCACAAGCAGGUGACUGAGAAUGACUUCCUGGAGAAGCUGGAGGUGGAGAAGGAGGCUCUGAGUCUCCAGCUUCAGAAGGAGCGGCAGGAGAUGCAGGACGAGUUUGACAAGGAGAAGUAUGAACUCUCGGAUGCUGUCAGCGGAGAGAAGUCUGAUCUCCUGGAUCACUUCCAGAGGGAGACAGAUGAAAUGAUUGAGAAGCAUCAGAGGGAGAGGAAUGAAGCCGAGGAGAGAUUCAAGGCUGAUAGGAAUAAGAUGGCAGAUAAACAUCGUAAAGAGAUUGAUGAUCUGAUGAGGAUGAAUGAAGAAACCAUAGAUGAUCUGAAGAAACAGCAUGCAAAGGCCAUUGAUAAACUCCAGAAAGAGAAGAAUAAACUGGAGGAGAAGCUGGAGAAGGAGAAGAGGAGACUGGAGGAGCGUAUGAAGACAGACAAGGAGCGAUGGGAGGAGGAGAAUGCUAAAUUGAAGUUACGACAUGAGCAGGAGCUGCAGCAAGCUAUGGAUGAGGCCGAGAGGGAGAGAAACAUGAUGGAGAUGGCUGUCAGGGUCGAGGUCCAGAGAGAUGUAAAGAAGGAGGUGACCGAUGAGUACGAGGAGAAGAUGGAUCAGGUCAAGACAGAAUUUGAGGAUGAGAAGGCAGAGAUGAUAGCUGAGAAUGAAAUGCUGCAGAAUAAACUGAGAAUGGCUGAGGUGGCUAAAGAAGAAGCUGUAGUAGCUAUUCAGAUGCAAACACAGGAAGCAGCAUUACAGCAAGCCAGGCCUGAUAGGGCUUCUUAUGAUGCACUUUCUACUGAACGUGACCUUCUCAAGGUCGCCCUCUCUGGGUCCGAGGAUAAAUUGAAGAUGAUGACAGAAAAAGCAGACUCGACGAGUAAAGAUCUUCACACCUUGGAGACAAAGCUGAUUGCUCUAGAGACAGAGAAAUCUCGACUCAAGAUGGAGCUAGAGGAUCUCAACAAAAAGUACAUCAACAUGCAGAUGCAGGUGUCGGUAGCAAGUUCGCAGCACUCCAGGGAACUGGAACGGGUACGGCAAAAACAGACUCUGGAGUUCCAAGGAGAGCUGGGCCAUCUCAGGGAAGAACUGGCCCAGAGAGAUGGGAGGAUCAAAGAGCUUGACAGGCAGAUCAGGGAGAAAGCCGAAGAACUCAAGAGGGCGCUGUCCAUCGGGAAGGAGACAGAGGGGUCAGAGGUUAGGAAGAUGAGGAGAGGGAAGGAGGAAGCAGAGAAGAAGUACAGAAAGAUGAGGGCUAUGUUGGAGGAAUACAUGAAGAAACUGAAAGAUCAGCUGGCUAAAACAACUCGUCAUGAUGUCCUUCUCAAGGAGCUGUAUGUGGAGAACUCAAAACUGCAGAGGACACUGCAGCUGACAGAGGAAAGACAGAAAACGGCAGAAAGAAACUGUCACAACCUGGUUGAGAAGAACCAAGCAUAUCUAAACAUUCUUAAGAAGGUAUGUCCUGCAGCUGUCUGAAUGUGAACAAUCAAAAAGAUCACAAUGAUUGAUGCAGAACAUGAUAGAGAUGUACCUCGACAUUCUGAAGAAACUGCAAAAGAUGUCAGAAAUUGCCACGAUCUGGUUGAGAAGAACCAGGCUUAUCUAAACAUUCUUAAGAAGGUAUGUCCUGCAGCUGUCUGAAUGGGAACAAUCAAGAAGAUCACAAGGAUUGAUACCUAACCUGAUAGAGAUGUACCAGGACAUUCUGAAGAAAAUAAAAGAAAAACCUGAUGGAAAAAAACCAGCAUAUCUGAACAUUCUGCAGAAGGUUUAUUCUGUAGAGAUCCUGCAUGGGAAUGUAGAACAAUCAAGGGUUGAAUCAGAUCUAGAUAGAGACAUACCUUGACAGAAGAAGACAUGUUUGUCAUGCAGCCAUUUGAAUGGGAUUGAUCUAGAUAGCAAAGAUAAGAGAGUCUAUGUGCAUAUGAGCUGAACUUUCAGAACCUGAUAGAGGUAUACAAGGACAUUCUGUAUGAAGGAAGAAAACUGUGGAAGGAAAUCGUCUUGAGAGAUGCAGCAGAGAGAAGGAAGUCCUGAGACCUCUGGAGAAAAUACAAAUUCAAGGGUAGGAGUUGAUGAAUGUUAAACAUUCUCUGAACUUCCUGUCCAAUAGCAUUUAAAAGAAAUCAUUAAAUUCUAAGAAUUAAUGAAUAAAUCAUAGAUUGUCAUUUGAAGACUCUCUGUCCAGCAGUUGUCUCAGAAGUUCUAUGCAAAGAUGAAAUAAGCCAUCAGUACUUUUUGAAGCAAAUUGGCCUUACCCAAGACUUCAAAUGAC